CAACACGCCCACUUUGAAAAGGCCGUUACAGUUCAGUGCCACCCCGCCCGGACAAGUAUAUACAGUCGUGCCCAUAAAAGCCCAGUCAUUUUCACGUCUGCACACCAUUGAUACAUCCCGAUUUCCGUACCCAAGCAAGAAAAUGGACCGAAUUGUGAGACUCCUCCCUGGCCUGAAAAAAAGUGUUUUACCUGAUGAAGAAUUGACGAAGGAAUUGCUUGAGAAGUGGGAUCGACUGCGAGAUGGGAAGGAAUUCAUCACGAUGGAUGUGUUGGCGGACCAGAUCAAGAAGGAGAUCGCUGAUAAUCCGAGAUAUAAGCAGUUACCUCAAACCGCAAGAGACUCCAUUGGGAAAUAUAAGGUGAAUGCCAUCAAGAAACGCGACGCAAACGGCGAUGGCAAAGUUUCCAAAACCGAAUUCUUCAACGCGGAAGUUUUGAAUAAAUUGGACUCCAUCCUAUGCGGCGAAGGUGAUGGCUAUGACGGGGAGAUGAGCAAGGAAGAAGUUAAGAAAUUCAUCGAAAAUUGGUGUGACAUGAGCCUUGAGAAGGACUACGAGGCCUUCUCGAAGGAAUUCCGGCCAGAAACCAGGCCUGCAGAGAAAGAUCUGAUCACACAGGAUGUGAUCGAUGGUCUCUUCGCACUUAUCUGCCCCUCUGCCCACGAACGUGUCGCCAAAGUGGUUGAAGCAGUUAUGACUAUCUUCUCCAUCAGCCCUGCGGAACGGGAAUUUCAAACCGAGGCAUUCAUGAAGUCAUCCAACGGCCGCCAAUCCGUCACAAGGGCGGAGUAUAUGGAGUACGUCCGGGGCUACCUGAAGGGGCUACCUUUCGGCAAGCAAACCCGUGGUGACCUUCGGCAUGCGGUCAACAACCGGAUGAGCAGGUUCCAUGAUAUAGACAGAAAUGCCGAUGGUACAGUUACCCUGGGAGAAUUCCUCGGGGUUACAAGUUACAGUAGGCUGCUUGCCUCCUUGUUGGAUUACAACACCGAUGGUGACAAUGUUGCGGACCGUGCGGAGCUGAUCCCUUGGGUCGCCGAGAAACUUAGACUGACCGAGGACACGGAAGAUUACGUGGAUGCAGUCAUCCACGAAUUCAUGGAAGAGGGCGCACAGGAAUUGAGUGGCCGUGCUUUGGUGACUGGGCUGUUCAACAGGGCAUUUCCAUCGGAUGCGUCGCGCCUAAAAGAGGUAAUCCAGGCAGUACACAAGAGGUAUAACUUAUCUGGCGAUGACAAGAAAGCAUGCGCGGAUGAAUUUAAAGCCUUGUGUGGUGAUAAGGACUUCCUCGAUAUGGACGCAUAUCAGAAUAUAGCAAAGAAAGUUGUCGUAGAAAAUUUUGAAGCGAGUGGAAUGCCUAAAGAAUUUUGGAAAAACACGGUUGAUGGAACCGUUAUGGCAAAAGUCGAUGCGAUGAAGAGCCAGGAUAGAUCAAAGGACGGCAAGAUCACUUUGACUGAAUUCGAAUUCAAUAAGAUUAGUGACAAGAUAAUGAACGCUUUGAUGCAACAGUGGGAUGGCGGCGACGGCAAGCUUAGCAAGGAAGAGCUGGUGGCCUGGAUAAGGAAGGACCUUGGACUCGAGGGCGAUUUGGACCUGUACGCUAGCGCAGUGAUGAAUGGUAUGAAAGACGAAAAAGACGUUGGAGUGGAACUUGAUACAUGGAAUUUCGCCCUACGCCUCUGCGAGGUAGCAUUCCCAGCCGAUGAUGUCCUCGUCGGCAGAGUGAUCGAGGCAAUCAAAGACAACUUCGCCCUGUCUGAGAAAGAGGAAAAAGCUCUCCUAGAGGAGUUCAAGAAGCUCGCCGGCAAUAGUACGACCAUAACAAAGGAAGUCGCUAAGAAACAGGCCGAGGAUGAACUCCACUCCCUUUACAGCUGUGACAUGUUCAAAGUACUACUCCCAAAGAGGUUGGAAGGAAUAGAUAAAGCGGACGUCAACAAUGACGGUCAGGUCAGCGCGGACGAAUGGUUCAGGAGUGAAAUAUUCGAAAAGUUUUUCUUGUCGCUUCACGCCCACAACUCUGACGGUGAUUGUGUGAUGAGCAGGGCUGAGCUGAUCAGCUGGCUCGGAGAGAAAUGCCAACUCACUGACGAGAUGUACGCGGAUGCCGUCAUCGGCACAUUCCUGACAGACCCUUCCGCGGAUCGUAUCAAGGUCGAUGAUCUGAUGGAGAAGCUCUUUAACAAGGCCCUGGCGGAGAAGUAAACAGGAUCGAUGAAAAAGACUGCGCUACAUCCUAUAUACAACUAUGUACUACAAGUUAACAUAUUCAGUAAUAGAGCCAUUAACAUCUACACCUAAACUAAGAUACUGUGUCAUGCGGCCUUAUUACACUGCAGCGGGCAUAUUUUUGCCCGCGUCGAAUCAAGAACGAAACGUCGACGGAAACAGAGGAAUUGGGCUUCCGGGAAUCCGAUUUACUUAAAUACAUCGAUAACAGCAAGCACGGACAAGGACAUAUACUUUGUUUUUCCUAUGCAUUGCGUCCAGAUGACGCCAUAAUCGCAAUCUUGGUCUAUUAACACCAGGCCUUGAUUGGCAUACAAAUGACAGAAAGUCAAUCUAUGACGUCAUAUAAAGGUAUCACGUGCUUGCGUCAGCAAUAGAGAGGUUCCGAUUCUGAUCUACGAACGAACACAAUGUGGCAUUUUGAUGGCGAAUGUAGCAUUACCUGUUGUCAGAAAUGGAAUGAAACAUUUUGUCUCCAAUAUCUCUAAUGUCUAGAAGCGCUUAAAAAAACAGUCCACAUGCUUUCAAAAGAAUCUCUCAUUCCCGUUCUUCUAUCGAAUUCUGAACCCCUCCAUUGUCGCAGGGACGCAUAAUACACUGUACUAAUUAAUAUCGACGUUAUUCACCGAGGUAGAACCUAUGAUCACGUGAGCAACAAUGAGGACAUUUGCACCUUGUCAUGUUUGGGUGCAACACUUACAUGUACACGUACUUGUACAAAGAUAUUUGAAACGCAUAACAUAAGCUUACAAAUAUUUUUACAGUGACAAAAAUGACCAAAUAAAAAAAGAUCGUGAUUUUCAUCAAA